AUGGGCUGCUCCAGCAGCGCCCUCAACAAGGCCGGCGACGGCAACAGGCUUCGCAACGCCACAGAAGAAAGUGAGUCCUGCUUUGUCCAGCCAAAACCACGUGCACUGGGAAGAGAAUCUACUUUGUGUGGCAAAGUACAAAAGGAAAGCCUUCCUCCAUUAGACAAGCUCAAGAUCUCAGCCGCGUCCACAGCUAAUGGUGUUCAGUCCCUCCCUGAACAGCCCCUGGCAAAGGAGACUGCAGACCCACCAGGAGCCACAGAGGAAACUCAGCCUCUGCAGGGACUGAAGGGGUCUGAGCCACCUCAGCCAGGUGGCAAAGAUGGUGCUCCAGGAGCAGAAGGAAAGGAGGAGGAUGCGGAAGCGGUGACAGAGGCUCCGCCUUUGAAAGGAAGUGCUGAGACUGAACCUUUAGGAGCGGAAGCCGAGAAUCAGCCUUUGAUAACAGCGGGAGAGAGGGACUCUCCUGGAGCAGUGGAAGGUACUGAGGAUCCACAAGCUGCCGGAGAGAUGACGCCUCUAGGAACAGCUGAGAGAGUUCCUCUGGAAACAGCCAGAGAGCCAGGAUCUCAAGAAGCUGGAGGAAAGGGUGAAUGGUCCCAACUCCCAGAGACAGUUCCCAAGGAGACAGAAUCUCCGGAGAUGUUGGAAGGCAGUCAGCCUGUGGAAACAGCUGAGACGCAGCACCUUCAAGAAACAGUUGGAGAAGAUGAGCAGUCCCAACUUGUAGAAACAGUUCCCAAAAAGAAUGCAUCUCUGGAAGUGUCGGACGGAAGUCAGUCUGUGGGAGCCGAGAGAAAAAAGCAACUUAAGGAGACGCUGGGGAAAGAUGAGCAGCCCCAGCUUCGAGAGACGAUUCCCAGAGAGCAUGGCGGACCGGAAGUGUCAGACGGAAGUCAGUCUUCUGUGGGAGCCGAGGAAGAGCAGCAACCUCAGGAAACGCUGGGGAAAGAUGGGCAGCCCCAGCUUCGAGAGACGAUUCCCAGAGAGCAUGGCGGACCGGAAGUGUUGGACUCAAGUCGGUGUGUGGAGACAGCUGUAAAGGCUGAUUCACUCCAUGAAACUGCGGAAGGUCCUGGGAACAUGCAGAAGCUCCAGCCUGAAAGAACAGUUGAAAGCAUGGAACAUCUGGUGGAAAUGGCCAGGAAAAUUCACACUAACGAAGAGGACCAACACAUUGAAGGUGAGACAGGAGAAACGGUUGAAACAGAGAUGGAGAGUGAGAAAGUCGGUGAAGCAGCUGAAACAAAAGAAGAAACAGGAGAAGCCAUGGAUCUUUCAGCAGCCACACAGAUAGGUCAGGAUGGAAGGGUGAAGGGACACAGCAUGUUAUAA